CUCUAACUCAUACAAAUGUCAUCUGACUCCAACCUCAAUCCCUCAGCUUCCGAAAACUCCCGAAGAAAAAGACACCAAGACCCUCCCCAAAAUUCAGAGAACCCAGGCGGAAUUUUAGGAAUAGCGGCCAGAGCCAAGAGAGUUUGGAAGUAUCUGGCUGAGGAUUGGAGGGAGGUAGAUCAGUAUAUCUCUGAAGUGACUGAAGAGGCUAUUAAGAAAUCAUAUCUCAAGUACAUGAGAAUACUCUGUUGGUGUGUUAUCGUCUUGUGUACAGUAAUAGGAACUCUAGCGUAUAUAAAUGUCAUGAAGAAUCAAGAAAGUGACUCGAACCAAGAGAAUUUGAAUAGUGAAUGGCAAAAGUUUCUGAAUUGUCUAAUAUUUUGAAUCAUGCUGUUUUGAAUCCUUGUCAUACUUGAAUAUAAACCAAUCUAUGUGCUCUAUUUUGUCCCAAUAUUAAUCGGUGCUGGAACUUAUAUGUGAAUUGCAAUAACGUUAAAGAAAGAUUCAUAUCGUCUUAGUGAAUAUCACAUUUCUAAUGUAUCUAUGUGACACUUAUUGAUGACUCUUGUGCCAAACCAAUGGAAAUCGAGCGUUUUAGCUCACAACUUAUCAAUGGUCUAUCUUGCUUAUGGUAUCUGGAGCACCUAUGAUCAUUACGAUGCUGACGUGAUCUCAAGUGUUGUCUUUUCUUGUCUAUAUUUCACCAUUUCGAGCUACUUGUUAAUUAUCAAAACAAGAAAUAUGUAUUCAGAAAUUCUCAAGAACAAGCGACUCAUCAAAGAAAUGAAGAAAGUCAUGCAGAUUCUCCCCUUUGGUGUUGUCAUUUGGCCAGCAAAAGCCAACGAAAAGUGGUUUACCAACCAAGAAUUCAUGAAUAAGUUUGCGAAGAUCCGGAAAGACCUCUCCGAUCUCAAAGACAUCGACAUUUCGUUCAUCGAUAACUCUGAUGAGGCAAAUGUACACCAAACCAUUCCACACGAUUUAGAGGGGUUGUUGAAGUCACAGCAACAAAUGCUUGACGACCAAGACUCAAUGAUUGACCAAGACAUCAAGAUCCACUGCAACCCACAAGGCAACUUACUGAUACACAAAGACAGCUAUGACGAAGCUCAGAGAACCUGCAAUGUCAAAACACUGAUGGUCGAAUGGGAGGGAACCAAUGCUUUCAUGCAUGUCUUCGUCGACAACACUAAUGUGAUAAAGCUCGAAGAAGCCAAGAACAACAUCAAGUGUCAGAAGAUCAUGUUCACAUCGGCUUCACAUGAGUUCAGGACUCCCCUCAACUCGAUCACCAACUCCUUCGACAUCGUGCUCAACUCGUUCCAAGAACUGCACAACAUAUCGAAGCCGUAUUUGCGGCAGCUCCGAGGCGCCAAGAAAGAAGCUGCAGAGCUCAACACAGAUAUGGUCACCAAGUUUGUCAAGAUUGGAAAGAGCUCCUCGCUUCUGUUGCUCACGCUCAUUGAAGACGUGCUGAACCUGUCCAAGAUGGAGGCUGGCACUUUCAAGCUCACCAAGAGCGUGUUCUCGGUGAAGGCUCUGCUCGAUGAAAUAUUCGACAUCUUUGAAAUGCAAUGUUUGAGAAAGAACUUGGACUUCAGACUUGAAAUGACUGAAGAAGUGUCGAGACUUGAAUUGAAUUCAGAUGAAGGCAGAAUCAAGCAGGUCAUACUCAACUUGGUAUCGAAUUCUAUGAAAUUCACCUUCCAUGGCUAUAUCAAAAUUGGAUGAAAAAUUGUUAGAGACUGGCAGAACACUUUUGUCGAAUUCGCUGUUGAAGACUCUGGAAUAGGCAUCACCGAAGAACAGCAACAGCAGCUGUUCAAACUGUUCAGCAUGGCCACCGACCCGAAUUCAAUCAACCUGAAUGGAACGGGGAUCGGCCUCACCAUCAGCAAGAAAUAUGUGGAGGCCAUUGGAGGCAGCAUUCACUUAGAGUCAGAGGCGAAGAAAGGAACUCUGGUAGUGUUCACAAUACCAAUCGAAGAAGAGCCAGAGCAUAUGCUAAAACAACUCAAUGAUGACAUAAUCCCCAGAUCCUUCUCCACUGAUUUCCCUUCGGAAGGUACAAUCCCCACUGACUUCCUAAACAGACUAAAAUGCGAUUACCCUCCAACAAUCUCAUUCAAAUCCUUCUAACUCCAUAUUUGCUCGUAAUAGCCAUUUAGUUCAAA